CUAAUUUUUUCUCAACACUUUGACCUCUUUUUCAAUAGUAGUUAAACACAAGACUCAACUUUUCAAUAAGGCCUAAAGUAAAUUAAAGGCCCCGAAUUAUUAUUUGCAAUGAGAAGAAUGAGAAUUUUGGGAUUGAGAAACUUUAUCUAUGUUCUUCCUUUCACAGCUUUCUUGAUGGUGUUGAUGUGCUUCCUUCGGUUGCAAAACCAUGGACAAAUUAAAUGGGGUGAAAUGAAGGUACACCCAAGUUGACUUUUUCCUUUACUGUCAGUAUCCUUCAGAACAACAAGAAUUGAUUCAAGUGUUGAAGAGAGCAACAAUGCCAGACAGAACAGUUAUCUUAACCAUGGUAGAUGAAUCACAUGCAAAACCAGGAUCUAUGCUUGAGGUUUUACUACAAAGCUUCAAAUCUGGCCAAGGUACUCAAAGAUUGUUGAAUCACUUAGUUAUCAUAACUAUGGACUCCAGAGCUUUCGAGUACUGCAGGUCCUUGCAUCCUCAUUGCAUUCAUCCUUCCACUUUUGAACAUUAUUUUGCCACCAAAAGACAGUCCCUCGAAAUCAUAGAUCACAGUGUAUUCAGUUGGAGAAGAAACAAUGUUUUGAUAGAAGUUAUUGAAUUGGGGUACAACAUCAUUUUCACGGAUACAGAUUUACUGUGGCUUAAAAGUCCAUUGGAGAAUUUCCAUCCUACUCAGGAACUCAGUAUUUCAUGCAAUUUCUCAAGUGAUGGAGAAAGAGCAUAUUCAAUGCAUGAAGGAGGAAUCUUCUUCAUGAAAGCAAAUGCCAUAACCUUAGAAUUCUUAAAGCACUGGAAAUUGAGCAAGAUUUUGUAUCCAACCACCAAUGUUGAAGAAUCCUGGUGUGAAACUAUAAUGCAUAAUGAAGACUUAGUUGAGAUGUAUGGCUUCCGCGUUCAUCAUGUAGAUACAGACCAUUUUGGUGGAUUUUGUCAGCUAAAUAAUGAUAUGUUGGAAAAGGCUCAUACCAUCCAUGCUAACUGUUGUAAUGAUCACACAAGCAAAGUUCAUGACCUGAAGAUUGUUCUGGAUGAUUGGUUCCAGUUUAGAAAACAUGUAAAAAACAACAAUUCAACAGAAAAAAUGGCUUUGAAGUGGCCACAGAAGUGCACAGGAUGAAAAUAUACAUAGAAGAACAUACAGUUCUUAAGUUUUCACAAAGAAUUCAUAGAAAAACAUCUUCCAGUUUAACUGGGAUAUUUGUUAUCAGUUUAACUUAAAUGUUCAUAUCUUGGUGAAAUGCUAAGCAUCUGCUUUGGUACUUAGUAAUAGAUUAGUUUGGAAAAGGAAAUAUUACAUUUGGUAAACUAUUUUUUGAUAUUUUUAUAGUUUGGAACAUUAUUCUUUGCAUUUAGAGUUUAGAAGUAAUGAUAUGACC